UAAUCGUUCCACUUUCUUGGCAAUUUCACAACACGAACCACGAAUGGUGAUGUAUUUUAUAUUUUGUUACACGGGGUUUUGGUUUAUGUCCCCCCUGUUGCAUCAUUUUUGUUAUAUUUAAAAUAAAUCGGCGUGGGGAUGAGCCUCCUAGAUUGACUAGGUUCCAAAACUCCCUUCAAAUAGUUUAUUUUGGUUUUUAUUUACACAUAUAAGGGACAUUUUUUUGACUUUCCGCCAUGGUCAUCCAAAAUCUCAGGACCGGCUCUGUAUGUACUGUGUUGUCAGUUAUGGGAUGUCAAGUUAUGUUAAAUCGUGUAAGAAUUGCUGCCAAAUGGUUUCGUAUUGAAGUAGAUCAAGAGAAAAGGAAUUGAUUGAUAUUUUUUUUCUAGAAACUAGCAUAAAGGGGCACCCUUUCUUUAGAUUGGUCUUGAAAUCGUAUAUUGAAUUGGUAUGAAGUUCAAAAUUGGUCAAUUCUUGUAUGGGGGCUACAUUCACAGCAGUUUAAUCGCCGCAAAUUAAAGGGAAGUUCAAUCCCGCCCGAGCUGCACCGCUUAAUUUUCGAUUUGGUCAUAAUCGGGGUGCGGUACCCUCCGGCCUCCGCUUAGGCCUAGGGGGCUGGUUAUUCUGAAUUCUAGGUUAUAUUUGCGGCUCUUUGUCGUUGAAUCGUGGUGAACAUUGCUUUGUGGAAAAGCUACAACAGAUUGCUCGAAAAGGAGGCCGCUUUUCACUUGCAGUGCUCUGGUGAUCAGUUGGAAUCUAGGGUUCAGUUGAUCACCAAUAGUUGUUUGUCUUCGGUCGAUAUCAUAGGCUAGGGUUUGUUCCUGAAAAUUAUAUUUUAUGAAUAAUAUAGAAGAAGCCUAAUUUGGAUAGGGUUUUGCUAGCAUCUGAUAAUCAGCUGUUGAAAACCUUUUUUUUUUCUUUUUUUUUUGUUCCCUUUCUGUUUGUAGCGUUGGGCUCAAUUAUUAUGUCCUGGGACAUACUGUACCAUUAAGGAUGAUUUAUUGUGACGUUUUGUUUAUUUGUUUUCUUAUUUCUUAUAUGUUCCUGGUUUUUUGAUGAAAAUCUAGGGGAGAAUUCAAGUAGUUCUCUAAAAUUUUGUUCAUAUCAGACUCAACUUCUUUGAGAAAAUUUUCAAAUUUUUACCAAGAUAUGGGUAGCCAAGGCUUCAAUAGUCAGAAAAAUGGGCAAAGAUUGGGUAUCACGGAGCCUAUAUCGUUGGGGGGUCCAAGCGAGUAUGAUGUGAUCAAGACCAAUGAACUGGAAAAGUUUUUGGCUGAUGCUGGACUGUAUGAGAGUCAUGAAGAGGCCAUAAGCAGGGAAGAGGUUUUGGGACGGCUGGACCAGAUUGUAAAAGUCUGGGUGAAAAAGGUAAGCCGGGCGAGGGGGUUAAAUGAACAGCUUGUGCAGGAGGCCAAUGCCAAAAUUUUCACCUUCGGAUCCUAUCGUCUUGGGGUGCAUGGCCCUGGUGCAGAUAUCGACACACUGUGUGUUGGACCUAGACAUGCAGCACGAGAUGAAGAUUUCUUUGGUGAGCUCAAAGGAAUGCUCUCCGAGAUGCCUGAUGUUACGGAAUUACAUCCUGUGCCUGAUGCUCAUGUUCCCGUGAUGAAAUUCAAGUUGAAUGGGGUUUCAAUAGAUCUUCUUUAUGCAAAACUUUCACUUUGGGUUAUACCUGAAGAUUUGGAUAUUUCUCAAGACUCAAUACUGCAAAAUGCAGAUGAGCAGUCAGUUCGGAGUCUUAAUGGAUGUAGAGUUACUGACCGGAUCCUGCGUUUAGUGCCUAAUAUUCAGAAUUUCCGCACAACAUUAAGAUGCAUGAGGUUUUGGGCCAAGCGACGUGGCGUUUAUUCAAAUGUUGCAGGAUUUCUAGGUGGCAUAAACUGGGCUUUGCUUGUUGCACGGAUCUGCCAACUGUAUCCUAAUGCUCUGCCCAAUAUGCUAGUUUCUCGAUUCUUCAGGGUCUACACUCAGUGGCGAUGGCCAAAUCCAGUAAUGCUCUGUGCUAUCGAGGAAGGAUCACUUGGAUUGCAGAUUUGGGACCCAAGAAGAAACCAUAAGGACAAAUACCACUUAAUGCCUAUUAUUACUCCAGCUUAUCCUAGCAUGAACUCUAGCUACAAUGUCUCAUCAAGUACUUUACGAAUAAUGACUGAAGAGUUUAAGAGAGGUCAUGAUAUUUGUGAGGCUAUGGAGUUAAAUAAUGGUAGUUGGCUUGAACUUUUUGAGCCCUAUCGUUUUUUUGAAGCAUACAGGAAUUAUCUGCAGAUAGAUAUAGCUGCAGAGAAUGAUGAUGAUAUGAGAAACUGGAAAGGCUGGGUGGAAUCUCGCUUGCGCUACCUUAUUCUGAAGAUUGAGAGAGAUACCUUCAAAAUGCUGCAGUGCCACCCACAUCCACGGGACUUUUCAGACAAUUCAGAUCCCUUCCACUGCAGUUACUUCUUAGGUCUUCAACGAAAAGAGGGUGUUCCCGUCAAUGAAGCCAAGAAGUUUGAUAUACGAUUGACAGUUGAUGAAUUUAAAGCCAAUGUUGGUUCAUAUUCAUCAUGGAAGCAUGGAAUGGAGAUAAAUGUAACCCAUAUUAGGCGUAGGGACAUUCCUGCUUUUGUUUUUCCUGGUGGUAUCCGGCCUUCUCGACCCGCCAGAGUGAGUGGAGAGGGGAGGCGGGUCCCAGAAACAAGCGCUACUAGCAGUGUGGAUGCCGGAAGUUCGGUUGAUGGUAAUGUCGUUGAUACAUCAGAUGAUGUGAGGAAGCGAAAGCGGGAGGAGGAUGAGAUGCACGCUAAGGUUACAGCUGCUAAGCUUGUGAUUAAUGAAGGCCCAUCAAACAAAGAAUUCAGUGUGGCUGGUCCUUCUGUUGGUACUGUUACUGUUACUUCUUUGCUAGGAAACUCUAAAGACACUAACAUGAGUGGAGAUGUCUGGAGACAAAUGAUCCAAAGUCAUGUAACUGAUCAAGUAGGAACAUCUGGAGUUCAAACUGAGCUUCUGUACCAGAACAAUGCAGAUAUCAAUGGUCCAUUAAACUCUAGAGAAGCAGAGAAGCUCGCAAUUGAGAAGUUAAUGUCUGGUCCAUAUGAAUCCCAUCAGACUUCCCCACAAGAACUUGAGGAGCUAGAAGAACUUGAUAAUAAUAGUCAAAAUAAAAUUUUGGGUGGGACUGCAAUAGGAAAUGACAUGGAAUCUUCAGCCACUAAAGAAGUAGCUAGUUCGAUGACAAUUAGCAAUACAACAGGUGCCUCUUCCAGUUUGCAGUUGAAUGGGAACUUAGAAGAGCUUGAGGCCCCUGAACUUGCUGCACCCUUUCCAAUGGCUACUCAUGCUACAGCUGCAGCGCAGAAAAAGCCAGUCAUCAGGUUCAGUUUUACUUCAUUGGCCAAGGAUACUGGCAACAGCACUUGAAAGUGGUCUGUGACAAAUGGAGUUAUACUAUGUUGAUGAUCAUGUAAUGCCCCGUCCCCUUCUCCCUCCGUUACCAGAGAAACCAAAGAUCAACUUUGCGGUUCAUUGUAUAGUAAUGAAAUGUUCAUCGAAGUAACCCUACAUUUCUCUUGUUUAAAUUCCAAUUUUCAAUAAGGUUUUUAUGGUAUUUGCAGUGCAGGAUCACCAAGGAAAUUCUUUUG